AUCCUUCAUAAUCACAUAACAAACGUUAACUGAUACUCCUGAUAUCAGAAAAAGAAAAAAGAAAAAAAUGUCUCUAGUGACUGCAGAGAUCAAAGCCAAAGCAGAGGUGUAUCAUGGAGAUGAACUCUGCCAAGAGAAGUCAAAGUUGCUGCUAAAGGAGGUAGGGCUACCUAAUGGGCUUUUGCCAUUGAAGGACAUUGAGGAAUGUGGGUAUGAGAGGGAUAGUGGGUUUGUGUGGCUGAAGCAGAAGAAGAGCACAAACCACAAGUUUGAGAAGAUUGGGAAGCUGGUUUCCUAUGCUCCUGAGAUCACUGCCUAUGUUGAGGUUGGUAAGAUCAAAAAGCUCACUGGUGUGAAAACCAAGGAGCUCUUGGUUUGGAUCACACUCAGUGAGAUCUUUGUUGAUGAUCCUCCCACUGGCAAGAUCACUUUCAAGACUCCUUCGGGGCUCUUCAGGACAUUCCCCGUCUCGGCUUUCGAGAUUGAAGAGCCAGUUAAGGAAGUUAAGGAAAAGGAGGAAGAACACAAGGAAGUGAAACAAGUUAAGGAAGAACUCAAGGAAGUUAAACCAGUUGCCAGUGCUGUUGAAGUUCAAGAGGUUUGAUUCUCAUUUUGAAGGUUGGUUAUGAUAUGAUAAUAAGUUGAUUUUAAUUAUAGGCUUAUCUAAAUCUUGCACUAAGUUGUAAUGCUUUCAAUUUCUUUCUCUUGAUCUACAGCUAGGCUAGCUAGCUAUGUAUCAGUAUCAGUAUCGGCUUCAGGGAUAUAGGCAUAGCAGCUCCCUGCACUUUGAAUGAAAGCAAAAAUUAAUCCAAAUAUAACUUUUUUUAAAACAUA